AUCAAGGUCAUGUUCCUCGCAGCAGUUGCUCGGCCGCGCUUCGACUCCAGCCGCAACCGCCACUUCGACGGCAAAAUCGGCAUCUACCCCUUCACGGUGCAGCGCGCUGCUCAGCGCGCUGCUCAGCGCAACAGCAGGAACAGGGCGGCGGGGACGAUAGUGACGCGCAGCGUGGAGGUCAACCGCGUAACGUACAAAGAGAAGCUGAUCAACAACGUCUUACCGGACAUCAGGGCGAAGUUUCCGGCCGUCUCGACAGUCUUCGCGCAGCAGGACAGCGCUCCGGGGCACCGUGUGAUGGACCCUGAGAUCGUUGCGGCGGCCGCGCAAGGAAGGAGGAUAGAGCUCAUCAACCAGCCUGCCAAUAGCCCGGACAUGAACGUCCUCGAUCUGGGCUUCUUCAACUCCAUCCAGUCCUUGCAAGACCGCACCACUCCCACCACUAUUGACCAGCUUGUGGCCGAAGUGGAAAGGGCGUUUUGGGCCCAAUCUCCGGGCGCUGUCGACCGGGUGUGGACAACGCUGCAGAGCGUCUUCAGGAGGUGAUGCUGGCGCGAGGGGACAACUCGUUCAAGCUACCGCAUCUUCACAAGAAGACGGCAGCACGCCAGAGCACGCCAAUCCCUCCGGAGCUACCGUGCAGUCAGGAGGCAUGGGAUGCAUCGCAGGCUGUCCCUGCUGAGGG